AUGUACCGCUCCAUCGACCUCUCCUACUCCGAACAACGCCCCGACCACUCCCGCUACGCCUACAACAUCUCAGCGUCGUACUUCACGCCCGCGCCUUCGGAUAUCGAGCUCGACAAGGCCAUUGCAAACUUUGCGGCGUUGGGGCUCAAUGGCAUUGGGGGCAUGACGGGGCCGUUGCCAAACUACUCGAGGGGUCUCGACGAUUCGUACAGUCAUUCUGGCACCGGAGGCUGCGCUCAGGACCCACCGUAUCAAGGCGUCUAUGCGGGGAGUAUGGCGGACAGUUACUAUGGCCAGGGAAGCGUGAGUCCUCUGAAGGCUAUCGACUACCCACGGAGUGUGAUCAACAACGACAGCUAUGCUGGGAGCCGAGUCUCCUCAUCAAGACACCACCCCUCAUCGCAGAAGUCUCGCUACGGAGGAAGCAGCGCCGCGGGGAGUAUUCGACCCUACUACCAAACCCUCCCACCCAUCGACGACUCCAGGGCUUUGGUCAAGUACGCCACGAGCAAGAAGUCCAAAUCCAAAUCCAAAUCCAAAACCUACCAGAGUCGGGCGAAUGACUACGACGACGAUGACGACGACAUGUCCGUCCUGCCGGAGGAUUCGAUUUCGCAGGUUUCUUCGUCGGAGAGGAUGGCUUCGCGAAGGGGGGAUGAGAUGAGGGAGAGGGCGAGGAGGAGGGAUGGGAGUGCGGUGUCGAGGUCGACGGUCGUGCCGGGACGGGGGAUGGGGAUGGGGGCGAUGGUUGGUGGUGGUGGGGGGAGUGGUGUUGGGGGGAGAGGCUUUGUGGAGCCGGAGGUUUAUUAUACUAGGGAGGUUACGCCUUGGUAG